AUGUUCCGCUCGCAUGCCCGAAAGACCGGGGGAGCAUCCCCGACGUGCUUGUACGGUGACACAGUUCAGGUCGCUGAUGUGUUUCUGGUGCGGGCGCUGGCUAAGUCGAGCGUGUAUGUGGGGCUGCGCUUGGCUGAGGACGACGAUGCCUUACCGGUCAUUGCCACGCUCUUUUACCGAACCCGGGAUUACUUGAACCAAGAGUUCUGGGAGGACCAAAUUCGCAGGAUAGGUGACAUUGUUGCGGAAGAGUAUUUCAGCCACAGCCGGGGCGUGCAGCUUAUGGUUCACCAUGCACCUCCUUCUGCGCUGGGGUUGGAGGUGGGUGAGCACAGGCUCCUCGCCGAACUCGAGGCCAUGUCUUUUGUUGGUCCGCAGCUUGGGAGGCGCAACAUCCCGGAAAAAGGCUACGAGAAGAUCGAGAUGUAUUCGGCCACACAGCGCCAGUAUACCAUUGCUUUCUCCCCGUUUCAGACUGUGGCAUCUCGCGAGCUCCGCAGUCCAAGGAUGCUAUCUCGACUUGCUCAAGGCAUUCGCAGCGGCCGGGUGCCUGCUGCUGUCAGUGGAGCUUUCAGGAACAGCUUCACCGUCGUUCAGGAGGCCACCCCAAGAUUGAACCGCUGUGAGCUCUAUGUGCCCGGCACCCAAGCGAAGAUUAUCCCUAAGGCUGCGAAAUCUGCAGCGGACGUUGUGGUGAUGGAUCUUGAAGAUUCGGUUGCCAUCGGAGAAAAAGAGGUUGCCAGAAAGAAUGUCAUCCAUGCGCUGAAGGAAGUCGACUUCGGCAACAAGACCGUAGCUGUGAGAAUCAACGGCUUGUACAGUCACCACAUGUACCGCGAUGUCGUUGACAUCAUCGAGCAGGCGGGCGAGCGAUGCGACAUGUUUGUCAUCCCGAUGGUUGGCAAUGGAAAGGACGUUUACAUGGCAGACUCCUUAGUCAGCCAGGUGGAGGAGUUCAUGGGUCGCAAGAAGAAAAUCGGAUUUGGGCUUAUCAUCGAAGCCACCCUGGGUAUGAUGAACAUUCACGAGAUUGCGGCAGCUUCCAAGCGGAACGAGUCCCUCCACUUUGGCGUGGCGGACUAUGCAGCAUCCACCAAGUCGCGAACCACAAACAUUGGCGGACCGAACAAGCUCUAUGGGGUGCUGACAGACAAGGACGGCGACAAGGCCCGAGACUUCUUUUGGGGGGACCCCUGGCACUACGCCAUGGCGAGGAUUGUGGUGGCAGCACGUGCCAACGGCCUUCGACCCGUUGACGGGCCGUUCGGCGACAUCGCGGACCCCGACGGCUACAAGGCUCAAUGCGAACGUGGAGCUGCCCUGGGCAUGGAGGGAAAAUGGGCGAUCCAUCCCAGCCAGGUGGCUCUGGCGAACGAGGUUUUCAGCCCUGGGGAAGCUGAAGUGAAGCAAGCCAGACGUGUUCUGGAAGCGAUGGAGAAGGCCCAGAAGGAGGGUCUUGGCGCCGUUUCCUUGGACGGCAAGCUGGUGGACAUCGCCUCCAUUAAGCAGGCCGACGCAAUUGUGAAGAAGGCAGAGGCUAUCGAAGCUAUGUGUUGGAGUUGUUCCCCGUGGAUUGAGCCAACUUUUCUACAGUGCGUGCCGCUGGAGGUGGUGCAAGAGUUUCAAUGGUUCAAGGUCUGGAACAAUGAAGGCGAAGCUGAUGUGGGUUUGGCCACAGAUGAGGAGGACCAGCUUCUACAAGAGCGUCACACUUUGUUUCACCGCUUCGUCUUCGAUCACUUUGAGGCCCGUCAGCCAGUGCCACUGCCACGAGGCGACUACGUCCUCCGUGUUGGGGGUCGGCCAGUCUGUGGUCUUUCGGUGCUGGGCCUUCAACCCGGGAGGCUGGUAUGUGGAGGAGCCUGGGCUGAUGAAGGGCGGGAGCCGGAGCUGGCUUUCCUAGCACAGCAGCUGCGACGUCGGGCUCGGAAGUACGCUUGCAGCGUCGUCUACGACUCGAAGGACGAGCGCUCGAAAAGGACCUGUGAGUUUCACUCCGAUCGCAAUCCCAAAGAGCUCCCCUCCAACUGGGCCGCUUUGGGCUUGAUGUCUCUGCUGCGACAGCAGGAUGCCAAAGGCAACCGCGAAGGUCCGAGCCGUCCGGGUCCGAGCCGUCCGAGCCUUGGACCCUCUGGACCACCACGUAGCGCCGAGUUCCAACGUGCAGCCACCAGGAUACAGGCGCGGUUUCGUGGCGUUCUCGGGCGGAUCCUGGUUGCUCAAAAGCGAACUCGGCUGGAGCAAGAGAGGGCAGAGGAAGAGCACCGCCACCGCACCGAAGCAAAGCGCGAAGCAGCACAAGAGGCACGACGGCAGGCAGCACAGGAGGCUCAAGCGCGGGCAGCACAAGAGCGAGACGAGAAGCUGCGGGCCUUGCGGGAGAGACGGUGCACACUCGAACAAAUGUGUCAAGGCCUGCCAUCACAUCACAUGGACUGGGAGGAAUCCCCUGCCAGACUGCUCGAACUUUUGGAAAGGACUGUGGGCAUCGGCAGGCUGGCUUUGUGUGAAGCUUGGUUGGGAUGCCAUUCAGAGCGACGGUCGGCUAGAAAGCGAUAUUUGUUGCUGACGAGAAAGUGGCACCCUGACAAGUGGGCCGUACAAGGCGAGCGUUGCGUCUCCCUCGCAACGGAGGUGGCAAAGCAGCUCGUAAGGGCAUAUGAGCAGGCAUGCAAGGAGCUGCCAAAUGUGGUGCCUCCUUCCACCACCUGUGCUGCUCAAGAGGACAACGACGAGGAUCGUGAAUGCUACGAGUUUGCCAGUUGGGUUGGUAUUUCUUUCAAAGGAAUGGAAGAGGUAUGGAAGGAAAGGCUUUUCACAGGGAGCAAUGGCAAGGAGUUCGGCCUCGUGCGCCGGCAGCAGUCCCUCAAGAUCGCAGUCACAGGUGUUCCUGUAGGCCUGUCACCGGAACAACAAGCACGCCUCGCACGGGCGUCAGGGCCUUAG